UGAGAGUCACUUCCAACCCGAGCUGAGGGAGGCUGAAAUCUGCUGGUAGUUGACCAGCAUGUUAGAGCCAGUUAAACUCGGAACGGAUACUAAAGAGCCAGUUUAUUAGGUGGAAUAUUGUGUUUCUUCAUAAAUGUUGGUACAACCUGAAGACUUCAGUGAUUUCUAGGAACCCCUUGUGCUCGUCUCUGCACAAGCACAUAGCUGAUGACUCCUUGCUGAAGUGUCUUGCAAAUCAAGCAUGAAACAGAAAGCAGUUGGAGUAUUGUGUGCUGCUGUAGUAUACCUGGAUGCAGCUGAAAUUUGACAGGCAGGUUCUCUAGCAGCUGCUGGAAUUGCAGAUUAUGGAGCUCUCUGCGCUUGGAGUGGAAAGCAGCUCUUCUGUUCCUGGGCUUGACAGUACUUCAGAGGAAAAGGGAUUCCCUAGCACUGCUCCGUAUUUGGAGCAGAAACAAAACAGCCAUGGAGAAGGAAAUAAGCAGCUGCUGGAAAGGAGUACAUCUGAUUGUGCAAGUUUGGUGACCAAUGGUUUCAUGCCCACAGCAGUUGGCACAGAAAAGGAGGUGUGUUUGCAAGGGCAAAAUGACUUUUCUAAGAAUGAUAAACAUUCAAAUAUCAGUUCAAGAAUAAUGUCAAGUCCAGCUGAGAGUAUUCCAACAGAUAUAUCACUGAGGUUAUCCAUGGUAAGACAAAAGACUGGACUUCAUGAUCAUCAGCUUCAAGGAGAACUGAGAGGACGACUCCGCCUCCUGGAAAAUGACAGCAGGGAGGUCAUGGCAGCUUUUAGUGAGCUGUCUGCCAGACUGUUGUCUAUUCAUAGUGACCAAGACCGAAUAGUGGUGACCUUUAAAACUUUUGAAGAGAUAUGGAAAUUUACAACCUACUAUACCCUUGGUUUUGUAAAUCACUGCAUGGAGAACUUGUUGCUGGAUCAGUCUUUCUGGCUCUCUUCACAAGAGAAGAAUAACGGUAAACAAGAAGAAGCCAGAAUUGAAGUCUCUAUAAAUGAAGAGUCUCUACAUUUGAUGUACAGAGGUCUUUUAAUGCAGGAAGGGACAUUCUUUGUCUUGUGUUCUGACAACCUCAUAAAAGAGGUGACAGCUGCAGAUACUGUAGCGAAAGUUUAUCAGAAUGAGUUUGUGACUGAAGACACAUCUGGUGGAUCACUGAGUGAUGACCUGACUUUAGACAAUAAAGUCACUACAGAACCUUUGAUUCCUUUUCAUCAGUGGUUUCUUAAAGUCUGUUCUGAUUCUAUUGAUUUUGCUUGCAAAACAAAUUCUCAACCCAGUGAGCAAAUUGCAACAGGAUCUUCUCUAGCAGUGACCAGCUACGAAAGUGCUGCUCCUGAAGAGAUUAGCUUCCAGAAGGGGGACAAAAUUGAAAUCAUUGGCUACUUCAUUGAAUGCAUGCCAUGGUUUAUUGGAAGGCAUGUAUUUACUGGUCAAAUUGGUUUUGUAAAGACAACUCAUGUUAUACCUGACACCUCUAGAACUGACUCCCAAAAUUUGGAUUUUCUGGAAGAGGAAGAGAAAUUGUUUCUCGCCAAAGAAAAAAAUGCUGUGGAAGAGGAUGUGAUUCGUUUAGUAAAGCAAACAUUAAAUACAGAAGUUUUCACUGUAUAUAGAAUAGAUGGAUUAGAACAAUUGGAAUUUCAGAAGCCUUAUGAGCACGACUUUUCACAUCACUCAUCUCGCCCAGAGUUCAGUAGAACGAAGAAGGUGAAAGAAUUCCUGAUGAAGUGUAAAGAUUCACAGCUCCAGUUGGAAAGGACAGUGAGUCAAGAAAAGGAUUUUUAUAGGUCUUCAAAUAAAGAGACCAUUCCCAUGUCUGAAGAACCACGUUUCUCCAUACAUCAAGAUAAAGAUGAUCUGGAGUCUGAGGUCCUUCAGUCUUUGUUACUGUUUUUAAACAGUCAAGAGUAUGUGAGAGACUUCAAAAAUCUCUAUGACUUCUCAUUCCCAUUUCUGAGCACCACAUUUUAUGGCUAUAGUGGUGAGGAUGAACUAGUUGACUAUUUUAGAUUGGCAAGAGAGGCAGCAAAAAAAGCAAAUAUGCCUUGGGCCCUGAUGAGGCUAUGCUUUCUUUUGGGUAGACUGAGUGUUAGAAAGCUGAAAUUUUCUCAAGCACGGGUUUAUUUUGAAGAAGCCAUGGGAGCAAUGAAAGGAGAUUUUGGUGACCUGUAUCUGGUUAUCGCUCUUUAUACAAAUCUAACAGCUAUUUACUUGAAGCAGAAGAACAAAGAAAAAAGCGCUCGCAUUUUUGACAAGGCCGCAUCCCUGCUUGUGGGGAUUCCCAACUGUGUUUGCAGCACUGACAUGGAGUCGGAUAUUUUAAGGAAUGCCUUAAAGAGGACAGUAGUGAGUCGGAGCAAGCAUGCAGAGGCUAGAGCAUGCUUUCUUUUGGUAAAACAUUACACAAAACUUAAACAGUACGAAGAGGCUCUACCAUUUCUAGAAAGGCUGCAAUUAUUGAAUAAUGAGCUGGGUUUGCAAAACAGCUCCUUGUCAGUCAACUGCUAUUUUAAACUGGGUGAAUUCUACAGUCAGAAAUACUUGCCACACAUUGUGCUAAGCUGCGUAAGGAUUGCUUCUUCCCAGGGCUCAGGUACUCUAAUCAGUUGUUUGAGAAGCAUUGAUUUGGUUAUGAAAAAUGCACCCAAGCUGUAUCAGCUUAGAAAAGCAGGACAAACACUCCCAUCACAAAUUGCACCUUACCUCAGACACACACUUGCCUCAGUAUUUACCAAUGAACAGCAAAAACUAUAUAGCACAAUUUGUCUUGGCUUAGCAGAACUGUACAGGCAUCACAGACAAUAUGGGAAGGCCAUUGUUUGUAUGGAGAAAGUACUGGACUCCAAUACUUCACCCAGUGCCGAAGAAACUAUUAACCACUUAGUUUUACUUGCUUGGUUAUAUAUUCUGCACAGACAAAAUGCUGAUGCUUUGGUCAUUUUAAAUGCUAUAGCAGACUCUUUCUGUGGAAGUCUGCAACAGUUAGGAGUUAUUUAUAAUAUGAUUGGUAUUGCUUUGAAAAGAGUGGAGAAUAUAAAAGAAGCAGCUGAGAACUACUACAAAGCUUUACAAAUCUCAAAAGAGACUAAAAUGACCCAUAACCAAGCUGUUGUUUUGUCCAAUUUUGGGAUGCUAUGUCUGGAUUCAGCUGCUACCAAUUUGGCAGAGCGCUACUUCAUCAAAGCCAUGAAGCUGUUCUCAAGGCUUCCAAGCAUGGAUUGUGGCAGAGAUUUUAUUCAAGUCCUCCUCCAACUGGGAUCCUAUUAUGUUAAUGGCACCUAUAAGGAAAAAGGACUAUUUUAUUAUGAAUGGGCCUUUUUGGUAGCGAUGGAAACAAAUAAUUUGGAAAGUCAGCUCCAAGCUAUUCAGCUGCUGUGCCAAUUCUACAGUAGAGUUGCUCCAGAUGGAGCCCAGUGUGUCAUCUACAAUGAAUAUAAAUUAUCACUAGCUAGAAAAAUGUCUGACAAAGUUUUGGAGGGACAAAUUUUGGAAACCAUCAGUCAGCUGUAUCUCUCUUUAGGCACAGAAAGGGCCUAUAGAUCUGCACUGGAAUAUACCAAAAGAAGCCUAGGAAUAUUUAUAGAUCUUCAGAAGAAAGAGAAAGAGGCCUAUGCCUGGCUUCAAGCAGGAAAGAUAUAUUACAUUCUGAGACAGAAUGAACUAGUGGAUCUCUAUAUCCAGGUUGCUCAAGAUGCUGCUCUUUAUACUGGGGAUCCAAACUUAGGAAUGGAGUUAUUCGAAGCUGCAGGCGACAUAUUUUUCAAUGGUGCCUGGGAGAAGGAAAAAGCAGUGUCUUUCUACAGGGACAGAGCUCUUCCACUUGCUGUAAAGAUCGGAAACAAAAAGGCCGAACUUCGAUUGUGCAACAAACUAGUGGAACUGCUGUUGAGGCUAAAGGCUUAUGAGGAAGGCCUGGAGUAUGCAAAAGUAUCUCUCUCACUCAGUGUGAAUUUAGGAGAUCAGCUAAAUGAACGAAUAGCAUAUCAUCGGCUUGCUGCCAUCCAUCAUCGCCUUGGUCAGUGUGAACUUGCUGAACACUUUUACCUGAAAGCGUUGUCACUCUGCUCGUCUCCUCUGGAAUUUGAUGAAGAGACACUGUAUUAUGUGAAGGUCUAUUUGGUCCUAGGAGACAUUAUAUUCUAUGACCUAAAGGAUCCUUUUGAUGCAGCAGGAUACUAUCAUCUGGCACUUGCAGCUGCUAUGGACUUGGGGAACAAAAAGGCUCAAUUGAAGAUUUAUACAAGACUUGCAAUUAUCUACCACCACUUCCUUGUGGAUCGGGAGAUGUCACUGUUUUUUUACCAGAAGGCAAGAACCUUUGCAACGGAGCUUAAUGUUCGGAGAAUAAACUUGGCCCCCGAUCAGUAUUGUAGGAAUGCAGCAUUGGUACCUCUGAAAGAUGUCCUGUGAAAACUUAACAGACAGAUAGAGGAACAUUAUUUUGCAUUUGUGAGAACAUCCAAUAUAUUCCUGCCUAUUUUACAUUGACACAGUAUACUGGGGACUCAGCAUCACUGGCUAAAAUACCUGUCUUGCAAGAGCGUGCUGGCAUUCACUUGACAAUUUAGACUUAAUCUGAAAGCAGAAAUUGGCCUAGGAAGUAAAGGAAAAACUCACAUUUUUGUACUAGAAGUAGUUUUCUAUCUUGUUUGAAUUCCUAUUGUUCCAAAGUCAGAGCUUAGAAUAUGAAUAAUAUACAUCUGCUAUGAAAUGUCAUAAUAAAGCACUCUAAAAGUAAAUAGAAAAUCAUGACUGCUCCCCACAUAUUAAAUAAGAUCUAUUCUAAGAAUAAUA